AAAGAGUUUUCAUUUCUGUUAGAUGGUUUGCAAUCCUUGUUACAUAAAAGACCAAUAGAACUGCAGACUAUCAGUUUGCACGUGAUAGUGUCAUCAGUGUAAAGGUCAGUAAGUCACACCACUGAAAGAGACACCAUUGUUGGAGUCAGUAAACUGCAGAGUGAAACAUGGUCUCUAUUUAUUGUAGGGGUCAAUCACUGCACUCUCAGAGUGACCACUGUAUUGGCAAUUCAGGCAUAAAGGGUCACUGCGUUUUCACAGAAGAGAUCAGUCAAAUGCACUGUGAAAGAGUGAUCACUCUAUUAGUCAGACAUGGGGUGAUGCUGUCACUAUUGGAGUGGUCAGUCACACAAUGACAGAGUCACCAUUGGAGGGGGUCAGUCAGAUACAGUGACAAAGUGACCACUACAGUGGUCAGUCAGACAUAUAGUGAUAGAGUGGCCACUGCAAUGGUGAGACAAUGAAUGACCACUGUAGGAGUCAGACACACAAAGUGUCACUGCAAAAGGGGACAGCCAGACACGCAAUAACACGGUGUCUCCACUGGAGGGGGGGUCAAUCAUACAUAGUGACGGAAGGUCACCACUGCAGGGGUCAGUCAGAGACCAGCGACCGCCCACUGCAGGGAAUAAGCCAGACACAGUGACGGGAUGACUUCAGGGGAUCAGUUAGACACCAUUCGAAUUCCACCGCCGCGACGCUCUCCCUCGCAUUUAUUUUCUCCCAACAAUAAGAAGUUUGACUGAAACUUCUUUUCGGGGUGUUUGUGUCCUUGGUCAGAUCGGCUGGUUGCAGAGCGGAGCGGGAGAAAGAAGCAGCCGAACAGAGCCGACAGUGAUUUGUAUUUUCCGCUGGUGCUGGCAAUUCCAUGAGCUGUUCGUGCGGUCUGUCCUCCUCGCCUGAGCCAGAUCUGACGUGUGCAGGAAAUCAGCUGACCGCCGAGCCCAGAGGCUGCGCUCAGAGCGGCAACACCUGCCGCCCAGUCCGGAGUCGUGUCGCCCAGUCCGGAGUCGUCCCACCCCGCGGCUGCUGGAGCGCCGCCCUCGCUCAUGCCCUCCCCAGCAGUGGACUCGGCGCUGCAUCAGGUGUACCUGCUCAAGCCAUGCUGCACAACGGCAACGACCCAGCCCCACCGUCGCCCAACAAGUGGGGUAAAGCGACGGGGGCCGGCGCCCCGAGCCACCCGCAACCCCGGCUGGAGAUCAAGAAGAACGCCAUCACUGACGAGUACCGGGUGUCCACGCACGUCCUGGGACUGGGAGUCAACGGCAAAGUGCUGGAAUGUGUGCACAAGAAGACGGGAGAGAAGUGCGCCCUGAAGAUUCUCUAUGACAGUCCAAAGGCACGGCGUGAAGUGGACAUGCACUGGAGAGCCUCCAGCACCCUUCACAUUGUCCGAAUAAUUAACAUAUAUGAGAACAUGCACCGUGGGAAGCGCUGUCUCUUGAUAGUGAUGGAAUGCAUGGAAGGAGGCGAAUUGUUCAGCAGAAUCCAGGAUCGAGGUGACCAGGCCUUUACUGAGAGGGAGGCCUCAGAAAUAAUGAGGGACAUAGGGAGUGCUAUUCAGUACCUCCAUGCAAUGAACAUAGCUCACAGGGAUGUUAAGCCGGAAAACCUGUUGUAUACAACAAAAGAUUUCAAUGCAGUCCUGAAACUCACAGAUUUUGGGUUUGCCAAAGAAACAACGCUUCACAACGCCCUGGUCACACCCUGUUAUACACCAUACUAUGUUGCCCCAGAAGUCCUGGGCCCAGAAAAAUACGACAAGUCAUGUGACAUGUGGUCCUUGGGAGUGAUCAUGUACAUUCUGCUAUGUGGCUAUCCUCCGUUCUACUCCAAUCACGGCCUAGCCAUCUCCCCUGGGAUGAAGAAGAGGAUCCGAAUGGGACAGUACGAGUUUCCAAACCCAGAAUGGUCAGAAGUCUCCGAAGAAGCAAAGGAUCUGAUCCGGCAGGUGCUGAAGACGGACCCCACAGAGCGAAUGACCAUCACCGAGUUUAUGAACCAUCCUUGGAUUAACCAAUCAAUGGCAGUUCCACCGACUCCACUCCACACAAGCCGAGUGCUCCAAGAAGAGAAGGACAUGUGGGAGGAGGUGAAGGAUGAGAUGACAAGUGCCCUCGCCACAAUGAGAGUCGACUAUGACCAGGUGACGAUUAAGGACUUGGACAAAACCAGCAACCCACUGCUGAACAAGAGGCGGAAGAAGCAGAUCUCAUCAGCACGUUCAUCCUCGGCAAUCUGCAGCAAUCAGUAAGGGACAGACCACAGGACUGGGGACGAGCAGUAGCUGGCAAGGACCCGAAGGCUUCUAACGCUCCUCUGCAGCUGUGCCUCACACGACCAAGGGUGGAGAUUCUCAACAGUAAAGAGGAUGUUUGUACUGGUGGAGCAGACGCAGGAGGGCACAGCUCUACUCUGAAAUACCCCCCAACCCUUUACCACUGUGUUGCAUCUUUUAUUACAAACAGUAUUUGAUCUGGUGUUUUAAUUUGGCUCUAACUUUGUAGUGAUUUUGAAAAUCAAAAAAAAAUCUGCAGAUGCUGGAAAUCUAAAAAAAACAGAAAAUGCUUAAAGUACUCAGCAGGUCAGGCAGCAUCUGUGAGAAGAGAACAAGAGUUUGGGCUGGCGCUUAUGGAGAGGAAGGGGGUCCACAGGUGUGGUCUGACCAGCUAAGUAUUAACACCAUGUUCCGCUUAUUAUUUGCAAUGAUGUUGUUGAAAUAAGUUCAGUGAAGGAAGGUAAACUCUGGGGGUUUAGUAUGUCAUCUCCUUCCACCAGCUGUAAAGUAAGUGGACCUCCACACAGUAAAUGGCAAGACCAUUAAGCAUGUUGGUGUACAGGGGCAUCUUGAGACCCAAGUCCAUUGCUCCCUAAAAGUGGCCACAUAAGUAAAUAGGGUGGUAAAGAAGGUGUACGGCAUACUUGCCUUCAUCAGUCAUGGCAGUUAAUAUAAGAGUCAGGAAGUCAUGUUACAGUUGUAUAAAACUUUGGUUAGGCAGUAUUUUGUGCUGUUCUGGUUGCCCCUUUGUAGGACGGAUGCAGUGGUGUUGGAGAGGGUACAGAGGAGGUUCAACAGGAUGCUGUCUGGAUUAGAGAGUAUUCGUUAUAAGGAGAGGUUGGAAAACUUGUGUUUUCUCCCGACUGAGAGAGGCUGAGGGGAGACCUGAUCGAGAUUUAUAAAAUGUUGAGGGGCAUAGCUAGGGGAUCCAGUCGGAGUCUUUUAUCCCAGGGGUGGAAAUAUCAUAUACUAGAGGGCAUAGGUUUAAAAUGAGAGAGGGAAAGUUUAAAGGAGAUGUGUAGGGCAUUUUUUUUUACGCAGCGAUUGGUGGGUGCCUGGAAUAAACUGCCAGGGGUGGCGGUGGAGGCAGAUACGAUAGAGGCAUUUAAGGGUCCUUUAUACAGGUAUUUGAACAGACAGGGGCCAGAGAGAAGUAGAUCACGUGCAGGCAGAUGGGAUUAGUUUAAAUUGGCAUCAUGCUGGGCGCAGACAUCGUCUGUUGUUGUGCUGUUCUGUGGGCCUCGAGAUCCAUUUGCCAUGAAGUACAGACAGUAAACAUAUAAAACAUUGACAUCAGUAGCGUCUCUGGGAUGUGGAAGUGGUGGUAAGGCACCUUCCGCAGGAGCCUGCAGAGUCCUGGGUCAGAUACGUCAGGCAGUGGACAACCCGUGACCAGCGUGCAGACCCCCACAUGAAGAGCAGGGCGGAGAUGCCGGGAGCAGGGUGCUCCCUCCAGAAUCUUCUCCCAGAGAGGAGCGGGCCGAAACAGGCCGGCGGGAGAAGUGGAGGGGUCAGAACCGAAAACCAAACGUAUCGUUGAGAUUUCCGACUGACCCCCCCCCCCCCCCCGUCAAAAAUCACGGCCCGCCGCUUUUGUGAUGACCCGUGGAUUCAAUGAAUGAUUGAUGUGACUGAACUGUGUGCUAAGCAAAUUUACCAGCUGUUUACUGAAGGGCGAGCUUUGUAUUUGUAAUUAAGGUCAAAAUCCGGUUAUUCUGAUAACGUAGGCGAAAAAAUAUCUUCCAUUUAGAUCAAGCUUCUUGUAACGUUAUAAGAAAAUGACAUCAAAUUGUACACAAAC